GUUUUGCCAUGGACGUCGACGCCGCUGAGAUACGCGCUUUGGCUUAUCUGAUGGCGUUUAAGACGGCUUGCGUGAAUGUACCGUUUGGUGGUUCCAAGGGUGGCAUACGUAUCGACCCGAAGAAGUAUACUGCACAAGAAUUGCAAACAAUUACGCGUCGCUAUACAAUGGAGCUAUUACGUCGCAAUAUGAUAGGUCCGGGUAUAGAUGUACCGGCACCAGAUGUGAAUACCAGCCAACACGAGAUGAGUUGGUUGGUGGAUCAAUAUAUUAAAACUUUUGGCUAUAACGAUGUAGAUGCAUUGGCCAUCACGACUGGUAAGCCAGUAGAAAUAGGCGGUAUAAAUGGUCGCACCGCCGCCACGGGACGUGGUCUAUUUAAGGCGGCUGAAUGUUUUAUUAUGGAUAAAGAUUGGAUGGAUUUAUUAGGCUGGAAGACUGGUUGGAAAGAUAAAACCGUGAUCGUACAAGGGUUUGGCAAUGUCGGUUCCCAUGCAUCCGUUUUUGUAGUGGAAGCCGGUGCCAAACUGAUCGGUGUUCAAGAAUUUUACGUGUCUCUAGUAAAUGAGAAUGGCAUAGAUCCAAAGGUAUGUGGCGUAUUGAAAAUAAAUAUCUCCAUGAUAAUAUUUUUUUAA